AUGUUACUGUCACUUUGUUGUGACAUGCUGAAUCGCAUGUGUUGUGUGUUGUUUUUUGGUUAUAAUAGAAAUAGAACUUAAUGAAAAUGAAGUUUAAACAAAAGAGAUCAAUAAAAUCUACACUAUCAGAUAAAAUAGCUGAUGCCCUUACAGUGAAACCUAGAGCUGAUAUUGAAGAUGACCAGGUGUUUGGUACUAAACCACGGACUGUUACACGAGGUGAAUUUAGUUCAGAUAGUGAAGAUGAGGCAGCAAUCAGCGAUUUUCGAAAAAGGAACGUGAAUUUAUUAAGUGAAAUCAGCAGAAAGUAUGAAGGUAAAAUUGUAUCGCGGAAAGAACACGAACAAUCUAUUGGAAGUUCUGACAGUGAAGACAGCGAUGUAUCUGAUGAACAACUAACAGCCACGAACGGUCAACUCACAGACUCUGAAAGUGAGAAAAAGGGUACAGAUUCUGAUGAUACAGACGCAGAUAAUAAUAUUAAAUUAUUAAGAAGGAAAAGUAACGAGGCUAGUGCACAUUCUGGAACAGAUACUUCAGAUGAUGAUUAUGAAAGUGAUGGUUAUAGUAUAUCCAAGUUUCAAAAAUCCACAUCCCAAGGUUCAUCUGAUGAUGAUGAUGAUGGCGAUAGUGGUGAUGAAGAAGGUUAUGAUAUUAGCCAAAUGGAAGAGCCACCUAAAGAGGAGUUUGAACAUGUAAAAAGGCAGAAUGUAUCAGAAGAGGCAAAGAAAGGUGCAUGUGUAAGAAAUCAGCUUUUAAUUUGGGAAGGAUUGCUAGAGAUGAGAAUUCAUUUACAGAGAUGUAUUAGUACAGCGAACCAAAUGCCUUUGCCAGAUACUUUUGAAAAGUUGAAAACAAAUAAUGAUUUUGUUGAUAAUGUAAAUGCUACUAAAACGAAUGUAGCCCAUGUAUUAGAUAAAUUUAUGACCUUACAAAGUUUGUUAUUUAAGAAGUUUCCUGAGACUAAAAACUUAUUAACAAACAAGCCGUCACAUGAACCCAAAGUGGAAAAUAAACAGGAAAGUGAUGAAGAAAUACCAAGUGACACUGAUAAUGAAGAAAUCCCUUCAGAUACUGAUGUAGAAGAUAAUUCUGUUGUCAAUGACACCAAUUCUUUUAAGAAAAAUAACACAACUUCUAAGAAGCGUAAAUUGGAGGAUUAUGAAAAAGACAUUGCUACAUCUCACAAAUCUUUUAAAACAUUUAGGAACACAACAAUCCAGAAAUGGAAUGACAAAACAAGGCUAGCAACAGCUGCCAAUAUAAAAAAUGCACCUACAAAUACAAUUUUACAACAAAUAUCAUAUAUUUUAUCAGAUAGAGAAAAAUUAAUCAAGAGAACACAAUUGAAACGUUCUGAAUAUGAUAUUAUUGGCUAUAAAAAGUCUACGGAUGAAGAAAAUAUGCAACAAAAUGUAGAACAAAACACUGUAGUGAAAAGUAGAAAGGAUGUUGAUGAAUACAUACCUGAAAUAUUUGAUGACAGUGAUUUUUAUCAUCAGUUGCUAAGAGAAUUGAUUGAAUGUAAAUCUGCAGAUAUAUCAGAUCCCGUACAGUUAAGUAGACAAUGGAUAGCAUUACAACAAAUGCGAAGUAAAAUGAAAAGGAAAGUGGACACUAAGGCCACUAAAGGCAGGAAGAUUAAAUAUGUAGUUCACAAUCAAUUAGUAAAUUAUAUGGCUCCAGAAAAAUGUAAUACAUGGACUGAUGAGAGCACUAAUGAACUAUACAAUUCAUUGUUCGGUAAAAUGUUCGAAAAUAAUAAUGCAAAUGUUAAUCUUGAUCUAGAUAAAGCUACUUUAAAAUAAAAUUAUUUUAUUAUUA